AUGUUGAAGGAAGAAGACCCAAUGAUUGAGCUCUUGCGGGAGUGGAUCAUGUCGCCUCUCGACGACGGCACAGAGCUCCGCGAGUCGGUCCUCAAGGUUUUUGGCUUUAUGAGCGACCUCAUUGCUGAGCACGUCGCGCGUCCAGAGCGCAGUCGGCUGCGCAAGUUUCUACCACAGCUCACGCAGUUUUUCCUCCCGCUCGACUUGACCGCUGCGGCCCUCGCGUACGAUGCGAGCACGCACUUUCUCGCACGGAAGCGCGUCCCGCCGACGUUCAAAGAGGUCCGUCAUGUCCUCAAUCUGGCAACGACGAACGCAAUUGCUGGGAAGUUGAAGCUCGUGACAUUUGAUGCCGAUGAUACGAUCUACAAAGACGGCGGCAGCAUUCGAAAGACGUCAAGGAUGGUGCAGAUUAUCGUGCAGCUACUGCAACGCGGAAUCGUCGUUUCCCUCGUGACGGCAGCGGGGUACCCUGGUAACCCUGGCCGCUACGAACAGCGUCUUCGUGGGAUUCUAGAUGCCCUGGCAGAACUGUCGAGUGCGGAACGGGCCCGGUUUCUGGUCAUGGGGGGCGAGUGCAAUUACUUGUUUGAGACGUACACGCACAAGCCAUCAGGGAUUGUUGGGUUGCGGGAAAUUGACGGGGCGUUGUGGAAGGACGGACGUGGAGAACGCUGGCCCGAGGAAGAGGUCACAGGGCUGCUGGAUGCUGCUGAGACGGUGCUGCAAGACACGUUGCAGGCACUGCACUUGUCGGCACAGAUUCUGCGGAAAGAGCGAGCGAUUGGAAUCAUCAACACGUCCGACAAGCGCAUUCGGUACGAGAACCUCGAGGAGAUCAGCCUCACGCUUCAGCACAAGCUGCGUGACUUUCAAGUCCCGUUUUGUGCGUUCAAUGGCGGUAACGACGUGUGGGUUGACAUUGGGCACAAGGCAUUAGGCAUCCAGGCGCUGCAGAAGUACGUGUUUCGCUUCCUGCCGAAAGAACUGCACGACAGCGAGGAGCUGCGCAUUAUUCAAGGCCAAGAGUGUCUUCACGUCGGAGACCGAUUUACGACGACGGGCAACGAUACGCGAUCGCGGGACGCUGCUACAACGAUCUGGGUCUCGAAUCCUCAGGAGACUGUGUAUAUCAUGACGAUUUUGCUGCAAACGAUUGACUCGGUGCGCGAGCAGAAGAGGGCGCAGAAAGAGGAAAAAGCGAGGGAAAAGAAGGAAAAGAAGGCUAGAGGGUUGGCAAGCGUUGUAGCUGCAGCCGUGCUCAGCGAUGAAGGAAGCGACAUCUCACUCGACGGGAUUGACGCAAAUCUCUCGAGCGAUAGCGAAAGCAGUGGCAGCAGUGACGAGCGGGAGACGACAGUUCAGGCAGCAAUUCAAGCUGCUACAACAGCCUGUCUGACCGAGUAA